AGUAAAAAUAAAAUAGUACAAUAUGAAGCUGAAAAUAAAUAUUAGUCAUCAUGUUAAAGAUGAGCUUAAACAAAAAAAGGCCAUUACAAAAUGCCUUAUCAACAAAAUCUUAUAUUCAAAGCGUUUACUAGUUGAACAUGUUGAGGCGCUGGAGCAUUGCUUAAUGUACAUGGAAGAGAAUCCGGCGUAUAAGGAUGUGGUAGACACUCAAAAUAAUAACGUAGGUACGGUUAAGGAUAAACAACUUGCCAAUGAUAUAUUCACAGCACGUAAUACAUGCGCUUUAAUUGGUGGCACAAUUUUGGAACAUUUCGUCACACCAAAAUAUUUACGAUUCACCUUAUUGCCGACUUUGUUGCUAACUAGUGGCUUCACAGCCAUGUACAUGGUGAAGAAUGUAUUUGUAUUUCGAAAUAAAAUUGUGGAACGUGAAUUGGAUAAUUUAAUACGCACCAUUGAUGAGUUUGGCAACUGCAUAAGACGCAAUAUGACGUAUUUUAAUGAAAUUAUUAUAAUGAAACCGGAAGAAUUAAUUGAAUCACGUCAAAUAGAACGCGCUUGGGACUGCAUAACAUCUACGAAGGAAGUUACAGAAAUACUUUAUGAUGCAAUACGUAAGCUGGAAAUCACAUAUCCAAUCCCAGCUAAAUUUUCACAACAUUAUUCACCCAUCGAAGAAUUACGAGAGUGUGAAUAUUUUAAAAAUAAUGUCACAGAUUAUAGCCCAAAGCAUAUAAAGGAUUUUCACAAUAUAUUUGCUUACAUACAAUCACAGUUCCUUUUACGUUUGGCUUUAACCAUAACCACUUACCCAUCUAUCAGUCGUUUAAAUGCGGAGCUAGUAAAAAUAGAUUGUCUUAUACGACAAUUAGUUUUAGAGGAGGAGAAUCAUUUUAAAAACUUAUCAAUUGAAUUGAAUAAAAAGAAGCAACAAGAGCUUGAAACACUUAACAGCACAAAGUGCGUGAAGAAUCGUAAUGACCCCAUAGCAGUGCUGCAGGACUCCUCCCUAAAACUUAGUGCCUGUAUGGUGGCUGUAGCAGGUGAAUGUCAGGCUUUAGAUGUAACCUUACAACAACUUAAUGCAACCGAAGCGGAAAAAAAAGAUAAUGCCAAGCAAUUACUACAAGUCGCAAAUAAUAUGCAUGGUAUUGAGAACGCUUUAUCUGUGUGCUUUGAUGAUUUCCAACGCCUAAUGUUGAUGUACAACAAAUUUCUUAAUAGCAAAAUUAUUGAUGAGGACAACAAGAGCGCAAUAAAUAGCAAUGCUGUAGCAGAUGAUGAAUUUCCAGAAAGUAUACUCCGUGUAGAAAUAUCUGAAAAUGAUAAUGAAGCAGCUAAAACUGAUGAUUUCUAUGCUUAUAUGUAUGAUGAGCAACAAGCAAA